CAACAAUGGUGAACUUCUAUAGCAGCAUUCUAAUCCUUGCAGUGUUGCUCAUUUCAUUAUGGACGGUGACCCCAGUGUUGUCCAAUAGCGAGCUAGAUUAUGGGCGCCGGGUGAAGAAUGAGCAAAAGCCACAUCAUGGCAAAGAUAUGAGCAAAGAAUUUGGAAAAAAGGUAGAGCAUCAUGUAAAUCAGGCAGCAGCCGACGCUGCCCUUAUCCUAAAGGCCAAAGAGGAGAUUGCAAAGCGUACAUCGACACAUAUACAAAGUGCUAUUGGUAGUGCACGAGUUGCAAUAAAUAUAAAAGAGGAGAUGCUAGAGAAAACGGCCGAGGUGAUGAGCCAAAUGGCAGGAGAGGUCUCAGUGCAACUUUCCAAAGUAGCAAAGGAACACACAAAGGUUGCCGUGGGUGACAUUGCAGCUGCACUCAAGUUUAAGCAAGAAGUCAUAAAGAGGGCUGCAGAACGCGUGAAGGAUGUUUCAGAAGAUGUUAAUAUGGCAACUAAGGCAAAGCAGGAAAUCUUGCAAAAGGUAGCGCAUGAUCUUAGCAAAGUUGCAGGAGACAUGGCAACAAGCAUGGCUAAGAUGGCCGACGUUGCAGCAGGAGUGGCUGGUGGUGCAGCAGCAGGAGUUGCUACUGGAAUUGCUGGAGGUUUUGCAGGAGGAGUGUCAGGUGGUGCAGGGGUUCACAUAUCUGGAGGUAUACAUGGGAAUAUUCAUAUUGGUGCCAGUGCUAGUGCCCAUGCUAAAGCUAGUGCUGCUGCAAGUGCUGGGGCUGGAGCUAAAGCUAGUAAGAGUGGCAAUGACAAUAUAGGGAACAGCGUAGAAGAAUAUGCGGGAGGCAGUGGAGGUGCUAGUAGCGACGGAAGUGCAUCUAGGGGAACAAAGGUAGAAGGCGGUGGCAAUGCAAAUGCUGGUGCUAGCACUAGUGUUGGUAUUUCUGGAAAUGCUAAAGCAAAUGGCAAUAUUGGUGGAAACAUUAGUGGUAGUACCAAUUCUGACGUGAACAAUAACAAAAAUGUUAAGGAAAAAGCAAGUGAUGCUGAUCAUAGCAUUAUCAUCGCUGGUGAUGCAAAAAUUGAUGGUGGAAAACAAGGUAAUCUAGGAGAAAAUUACAAAACUAAUUCCAGCGUGGGUGCAUAUGAUGACAAAAGAAUUGAUGGUGGAAUAGAAGGUAAUCUAGCAGGGAAAGGACAAGGUAAUGUUGUUGUUGGUUCGAAUACUGGUGUAGAUAGAUAUGAAGACAAAAAACUUAAUAGUGACUUUGGAGGAAAUACAAAUGGAAGUAGUAGCAACAAUAUUAGUGGCGGAGCGGAUGUAUCAGGAGGAGCUAAAAUUGGUGGUGGCCUUGAAGGAAAAGUAGGUGCCCAAGGUGAUGCCAAUGCUGAUGUUGUUAUCUCGGGAGGUGCUAAAGUUGGCGGUACCCAAGGAGGAAAUACAGGAAUAGAUAGUAAUACUAAUGCUAAUGCAAAAGAUGGUUUCAAGGUUGGUGCUGAUAUCUCUAGAGGCGCUAAAGUUGGUGGUGGUAUAGGAGGAAAUACAGGAAUAGAUAGUAAUACUAACGCUAAUGCAAAAGCUGGUUUCAAGGUUGGUGCUGAUAUCUCUGGAGGCGCUAAAGUUGGUGGUGGCAUUGGAGAAAUUGCAGGUGCUAAUAGUAAUGUCAAUACUAACAAAAAAGCUAGUGAUAAUGUCAAUGCUGGAAUAUCUGGAGGUGCUAAAGUUGGUGAAGGCAUUGGAGCAGAUACAUAUAUUGGCAGUAAUGCAGAUGCUUAUGCUAAUGGUGGUCUACAAGCUGGUGAUGGCAUCUCUGGAGAUGCUAAAGUUGGGGGUGGCUUUGGAGAAAGUACAGGUGUUAGUAGCAAUGCCAAUGCUAAUACAAAAUCUAGCUCUAGUGCUAGUGCCAAUGUCUCAAAAGAAGCUAAAAUUGGUGGUAACAUCAAAAAAGAUGUUGGUGGAAGUGGCAAUACAAAUCCUAGUGCUAAUGAUAAUGUUGAUACAACUGGAUCAAGUAAAAGUGUUGAGGAUAAUGGAGCAUACGUAGGUGGCAAAAUUAGCAAAAAUGUUGGUGUUAGUGCUAGAGUCGGAGUUUCUGGAGGUGUUAAAACUGGUAGUAAUGUAGAAGGAAAUGUAGGUGGCAAUGCUAAUGCUAACAGUGGUGUUGGUGCUAGUGCUGGUGUCUCUGGAAGUGCGAAAAUAGGAGGUGCAAUUGGAGCAAACACAGGAGUAACCACUGGCUCAAAUGUUAGGGUUGGUGAUAAUUCCGGUGUCCUUAAAGAUUACGAGGUUGGUAGAGGUAAUGGAGGAAAUGUGGGUGGUGGUGGAAAAACCAAUAUUGGUGCUAAUAUUGGUGUUGGCGCUAGUAUCUCUAAAGAUGCUAAAACUAGUGCUAGUAUUGGAGAAAAUGCAAGUGGUGGUGGUAAUUCUAAUGAUGGUCUUGGCGCUAGUGUAUCUAAAGAUGAUAAAAUUAAUGCUGAAAUUGGAGGAAACAUAGGUGGUGGUAUUAAUGCUAAUGCUGGUCUUGGUGCUAGUAUAUCUAAAGAUGCUAAAUUUAAAGCUGGUAUUGGAGAAAAUGCAAGUGGCGGUGGUAAUGCUGGUCUUGGUGCUGAUAUUGGUGUCUCAGGAGGAGCUAAGAUUGGCGGUAAUAUUGGAGGAAAUGCUGGUGAAACUAGCAAUGCAAAUCUUGGUGGUAAUGCUAAUGCUGGUCUUGGUGCUAAUGUCGGUAUCUCAGGUGGGGCUAAAGUCAAUGGUAAAGUUGGAGGAAGUACUAGUGGAAAUGGCAAUAGAAAUGUUGGUGCUAAAACUAAUGCAGGUACAUCUGGAUCUAGUAAAAGCGAUGGGGAUAAUGGAACCAAUGUUGGUACUAAUGCUGGACUUGGGAUUGCUGGAAAUGCUAAAAUUGGUGCUAAUGCUGGUCUUGGUGCUAGUAUUUCUAAAGAUGCUAAAAUUAGUAAUAAUAUUGGAGGAAGCACAGGUGGUAUCUCUGAAGGAGCUAAGAUUGGUGCCAAAACUAAUGUUGGUCUUGGUGCUAGUGUUGGUAUCUCAGGAGGAGCCAAGGCUAGUCUUGGUGCUAUUAUUUCUAAAGACGCUAAAAUUAAUGCUGAUAUUGGAGGAAACGUUAGUGGUGGUAGUAUUGCUAAUGCAGGUCUUGGUGGUAGUGUCUCUAAAGAUGCUAAAAUUAGUGCGGGUAUUGGAGGAAAUGCAGGUGUCGGUGUUAAUGCUGGUCUUGGCACUGAUGUCGGUGUCUCUGGAGGAGCUAAGAUUGGUGGUAAUGUUAAUGCUGGUCUUGGCAUUGGUAUAUCAGGAGGAGCUAAAAUUGGUGGUAACAUUGGAGGAAAUAUAGGCGAAAGUAGUAAUGCAAAUAUUGGUACUAAAGCUAAUGCAGUCACGUCUGGAUCUAAUAAAAGUGAUGGAGAUAAUGAAGCAUACACAGGUGACAAAAGUAGCACCAACAUUGGUGGUAAUGCUGGACCUGAGAUUGCUGGAAAUACUAAAAUUGAUGGGAACAACGAAGGAAAUAUAGGUGGUAAUGCUAAUGCUAAUGGUGGUGCUGGUACUAGCGCCGACAUCUCUAAAAGUGUUAAAAUAGGAGGUGGCAUCGGAGGAAAUGGUGAUGUUGGCGGUAGUGCUAAUGCUGGUGCUAAUAUAGGUCUUGGUGUCAACGGUGGAGUCUUUAAAGGUGCUAGACUUGGUGGAAAUGUUGGUGUUGGUGCUAAUGUGGGUGUUGGAUUCUCUGGAGGAGCUAAAGCUGGUGAAGACAUUGGAGGAAACAUUAAUGACAAAGGUAAUGCUAAUGCCGGCAUUGGAUCUAGUGCAAAUGUUUAUGAAAAUAGCAAGGGUGGGGGUGGUGUUGGAGGAAAGGAUGGAGCAAGUGCUAAUGCGAAUGCUGGUAUAGGUGUUUCUAAAGAUGUUAGUGUUGGUGGUGGUGCUAGCAUUAAUAAAGAAAUUGGUGCAAGUGUUGGUGGUGGCGCUAGUGCAUCAAAGAGUGUUGGUGUUGGUGUAGGGGUCGGUGCAGGAGCACACGCUGGCUUAAACUUUGGGUUCAAGGGAGGUAUUGGGGCCAAAACAAAUGUUGGUAGUAACGUUGGUGCGGGGGUUUCUGGUGAAAAUAGUGUUGAUGCUCCUAGUAAGACCAAUGGUGGUGUUGAGAAUGGAAAAAGUAAAUCAGCUGAAGCCAACACGAAUGAUGGAUAUGGUUUGCACAAGAAAGAAGUCUAAAGGAGGUUGUUCACUGUAAGAAGAUCGAUGUGCUUAUUUGCAAAAGUUUGAGACAAUUUUUGCGCCUCCGGUUACUAGUUUUAUCUUAUCUUGUAAUUCUAUUCUGGGGGUAUUAUGGCAAAACAAAAUUCCUAUUAACAUAAUAAUUAAAAUAAAUUAAUGUGCACAUCGAUGAAUACAUGAUGUAAAUUAGCCUUAAAUGGCUGAUAUUGAUUAUAAGAAUUAUAU